AUGAGGUCGUUGUUUUUAUUAGCGGCGCUGUGCUGCCUAGUCUUAUCGGCUUAUGCUGGCCCAGUUUUCCGUUCCGAUGAAAGCCAAAAGGAAGUAGGCAGGCAGGCUGCCGCCCCAGCUGCGCCUGCGCCGGCCGCUUCUGAUGACGAUGAUGAUGAUGAUGAUGACGAUGAUGAUGAUGUUGAUCUAGAUGACCCCUUGGCAGAUGACGAUGACGACGACGAAGAUGAUGACGAUGAUGAUGAGGAAGGCGAUGAUGAAGCCGAUGAUGAAGAAGACGAUUAUUUAGAAAGAUUCUUCGAUGACAUCUUAGGAGGUGAUGAUGAUGACGACGAUGAAGACUCCGCUGGUGUUCAACCUGUCGUAGCACCUGCUGAUACUGUGGCGGCUGCACCAGCACCUGUAGCUGCAGUUGAAGAAGCAGCAGCAGUUUCGGAAGAAGUAAAUGCAUCUGAAGCUGCUGAAGAAGCUUCUGAAGUCGAUGAUGUCGAAGCUGGUCAAAAACAGCCCGCAAGCGCUGAAGUAGAAUCCCCUGUUGCCGCCAGUUCAGAGGCAGCAGCCGCUGCCGAUUCCGAUGAUGAGGAGGAAGAUGACGACAUCACUGAUGCUCUCGACCCUGAAGAUGAUGAUGACGAGGAUGAUGACGAUGAAGAUGACGAUGACGAUGACGACGAACUCACUGACGCUCUUGGCAGGAAUAAACAAGCACGUGCAUUAAAAGAAGAGCCGACGAAGAAACCCUCUGUACCGACUGUUUAUAUCGUUAAGUAUAACAGAUUUGUGGAUAACAUUCUUGAAAAAAUGAAUGAAAUCUUGAGACGUUCUUACGAUCCAGUGAAUGUGAAGCUGCAACCAAUUGAUGCAAGCAAGAAAACUUCCAAGCCAAAGAAAAAUAAGACUAAGACAAAUAAAAGGAAAACGUCUAACAAGAAGAAAAACGCUGCUCGUGGAGGAGUAGCUGAAAGUAAAAAAAAUGAAACUAUAUCUGACAAACUCGCGGAAGUUAACACUAUAAACGAUAUAUCCCAGAACAAAGUAGCUAACGUUAUAGAAUCCCAGCAAUCGGCUAGCGAGUCAAGAGCUACAAAGCAAAAAGCUAAACCAAAAUCAACCACACCCAGACCUAAACCUCCAGCGAAGACAACUAAACCAAAAACCAAGGCAACCACUAAAGCUACGACUGCCAAGCCCGUUAAUAAGAAUAAAGUGAAAGCUAGUGAGAAGAGUAAACCUAGAGCUAAAGGAAUUUUGUUUGGACUUUCAUCAUUAAGAAGAAUGGGCGAUGUUGCUGUAAACAUAAUGUCCGAUCAAACAACUGUGAGGAGUAAUUUUGCAGUAGGACCUCUCGUGCUAAGAGUGGAGAAAGAGGUUGGACGUAAGAAAGAAAUUAAAUCAGCCACAGCUACGACCGCUGAAAUGAUGGGAAAAAUCACAUUACGUGUCAACAAUCAAGGAGUGGCUUCUUUACAUUCAAUUAAAGUCUUGCAGCCUAAGCAGGUGCGUGUGGAUAGCAAUCAUGAAAGAACGCGUGAGUUGGCUUGGCAGCGUAGUUCAAGAAUCGCUCAUGUCGUUUCCGAGAAACUUCGUUCAGCUUCUAAACCUAUGUUCUUGCAGUCCAGUAUUGAAAGACAG